UGUAAACAUGCUGACAAAUGUCAAAACUAACCAAAGACUUAAGGUCUUCAAUUGAAUCUUAAUAUUAUAAUAUCAAAAUCCAAUCAGGAUUUAUUUGGCGAAAGUUUGAAUAAAUUCAAUAUAAAAAUGUUAAAGACUCUUGUAACGUUGGUAACUGGUGGAGCGUCCGGUCUGGGCCGCGGCACAGUGAAUCGAUUUGCAAAGAAAGGUGGACAAGUGAUAUUUUGUGAUUUGCCCACAUCAAAAGGUGAAGAGGUAGCUAAAGAAAUUGGAGAAAAUGUACAGUUCAUUCCGGCUGAUGUGACAUCGGAGAAAGAUAUUCAAAAUCUCGUGGAUGAAAUAACAAAAAAAUAUGGAAAACUUAAUCUAGUGGUGAAUUGUGCUGGAAUUUACAAAACAAAUAUUUUAUACAGUUCGGCACGGACGACACCCUUAAAUGACUUCAAAGACGUCUUAAUGACAAAUGUGGUGGGCACAUUCAAUGUGAUUCGAUUAACUGCCGGAUUACUUUCAAAAAAUGAGCCCGAUGGUGAUGAUCUUCGCGGUGUCAUCGUCAAUACUUCAGGUAUGAACGCAUUCAAAGGAACACUUGGCCAAACGACAAAUUCAGCCGCAUGUGGAGCCAUUCACAGUAUGACGAAACCAUUAGCAAGCGAUCUGGGUGGCGAAGGGAUUCGUGUUGUCACAAUCGCACCGUCUUUUAUCAAAACUCCAAUGAACGAACAUUUUUCAGAAGCAUUGCAACAUACAAUUUGUAGUGACAGUAUUUCCGCCCUAAACCGAUUUGGUGAUGCAGACGAAUUUGCCCAUCUUGUACAGACAAUUGUAUCAAAUCCAUAUAUUAAUGGCACCACCGUUGAAUUAUCGGCAGGACUACGAGUAUAUUUAUAACGGGAAAAUAUAAUCGAAGAACUUAUGGAGUAUUUAGUCAAAUAUGUAUGUCUUAUGAAGAAAAAAUAAAAACAAAAAAGAAAGUUUUAGAAUUAACAAUAAAAAAAAAACGGUUGAACAAAGUUUCAUAACAUUACAUUUGAUUUCAUCAGAUAAAUAUUUGAAUAUUCGCACGCACUCGACUUCUUUAGACAUUUAUUUGGUUUAAAGAAUGAAUUUGACAUUUGUUAUAUAAACCUAGGUUUUUUAAAUUUUGAUGUAAUAAAAACAAAAUUGAA